GUUCCCAUAAUUCAACAGGCAACAAAGGAAGAAAGGAAGAGGCCGUGAGCUACAAAGAGUUAGCCGACCUAGGUUAAAAUAUGGCUCACUAAUUGUGCCGUCGUCCGUUGCCAACAGAUUCCCGUGUGUAAAGAAAAGUACAAAGUCCGUCCAUGUUUGUGUUUUUCUACUUUGUUCUGGCACAGGAGUGACCUAAAGGGACGGCGGCGGCGAUGUUUGCGACAUGAAACGCUAACAAAGCUAACUGACUUAGGUAGUUAGGUAGCAGUCGCUACGCUAACGUUAGCCAACAAUCGCCAAGUAGCAACUAUUUUACCUACGUGUUUUCACCGACCAUUCCGACAACGAAUAAAUGAAUUGCUUUGGACAAUAACACAACCAGAAGCGACAAGUAAGUGGAAGGAGGUGGAAUUUGACCCAUCCAACUGAGUCACCAUUUUCCUGCAGAUCAUGGGAAAGAAGUGAAUAGAGGGGAACAGAGGAGACAAGAGAGCCACCUAAGAUGACAACUAGGAAGGGAGAAAGUGACAAGAAACUAAAGCUGCAUAUUAAUCUGAGGGAUUUUUGGAUCCACUGAAUGGAUGACUUGUUUCAUGUGGCCUGAUGGAAGGACAUUGUGGAUAGCGCUUUCAUCUGGAAAUCAGGAGAGCCGUCCCAUGCCCCCCGCAUCGGAGGGCCUGUCAGGAUGAAGAAGAUAAGCCUUAAGACGAUCCGCAAGUCCCUCAACAUAAAGGGCAAAGAGGAGGGUGACUUUGUCAUGCUCCAGCAGCCCUCGGUGACAACAGAGUUUUCUAAGGACGACUCUCUUUUCGGAGGCUGCUACACCAAAGACCUUUCAGGGUGCGAUCUUGGCUGUGAGGACGAGAAGGGAGGCCAAAAUAAAGGCCGGUCCAAGAGCGAGGGCCUGAUGGGGUCGCUAAAGAGGAGACUGUCGGCCAAACAAAAGGCGAAAGCGAAGGGCGGCUCCUCGGCUUUGUGUUCAGUGGAUGACGACGACACCUUUUCCUCCUCCUCAGUCCCCAUCAGCAACGAGGUGAAAGCCCAGAGACCGCACAGAUCAUCAUCCCUGCGUAGUCACCAUUACAGCCCCUCGCCGUGGCCUCUGCGACCGGUCAACUCUGACGAGGCAUGUAUCAAGAUGGAGGUGAAGGUCAAGGCCAUGGUCCACUCUCCUUGCCCCAGUCCCAACUUGAACGGCGUUCAUAAGGAAUUUCACAACUUCCAGAUGGAAGGUCUCUUUCAGGACCAAGCGGCGUCCAUUAAGUAUCUCCAACAACCACAAAACGGUGAGCUGCAUCUAAACAUCGAUGAAAAUGACGUGCCUGUGGAGCUGGGGCUGACGCCCCAGGACUACAUCCAGUACACGAUGCCUUCAGAUGAUGGAAUGUACCCAGAAGGGUCCCACUCCUUCUGCUUAGAUAGCUCUACCCCCAUGGAGGUAGUGACGGAGGCAGACAAAAGGUCGCUCCACGCGGAGCCGGGACACGAGGAGCACGAACUGGUUAAUGGGUUGCCUCCAGACCUGUUCAUGGAAACCUCGGUUAGUAGUAUUCUUUUAGGUUCUGCUGGCAUGGUGCUCCAAAGCUCUCGGGCGGAAGUGCCGCCUCCCCUCAGCCCACUUCUGCCACCCAUGUCAAACAACGGACACAUCCCUAGGACUUUUUCCAGCUUCAGCUCCACAGACAGCCAGGUAGCGGAGAGGGUAAGACAUCACCUCAACUUUGACCCGAAUUCAGCUCCUGGAGUCAGUCGGGUGUACGACUCGGUCCAGAACAGCGGGCCCAUGGUGGUGACCAGCCUGACCGAGGAGCUUAAGAAGCUGGCGAGGCAGGGCUGGUACUGGGGUCCCAUCACGCGGUGGGAGGCGGAGGAGAAGCUGGUCAACUUGGCUGACGGGUCGUUCCUGGUCCGAGACAGCUCGGAUGACAGGUACCUGCUGAGCCUGAGCUUCAGGUCGCAAAGCAAGACUCUCCACACACGCAUCGAACACUCCAACGGGCGCUUCAGCUUCUACGAGCAGCCCGACGUCGAGGGCCACACGUCGAUCGUCGAUUUAAUCGAGCACUCCAUCAAGGACUCUGAGAACGGAGCGUUUUGUUAUUCCAGGUCUCGCCUCCCAGGGUCUGCGACCUACCCCGUCAGACUAACCAACCCAGUAUCCCGGUUUAUGCAAGUGCGCUCCCUGCAGUAUCUUUGCCGCUUUGUCAUUAGGCAAUACACGCGGAUAGACCUCAUCCAGAAACUGCCCUUACCCAACAAGAUGAAAGAUUACCUGCAGGAGAAGCACUACUGAGGACACCGACAGGGCCGUGGGAGCAGUUUGCACUUUUGUGUUCAGUUAAGAUUUUUGUUUUUAACCAAGGUUUACAGACAACCACAGUUUGAGACGACUGGUUCUGCUAGCUCUCGAUUCGUGUUUCAGCGACCCUGUCAUUGUCCAUUCCGUUGUGUUCUGUAGAGCUUUUAUUUGCUGGUCUUGAAGGUUCUGCAUCCAGUAAUACGUUUAUCCAUUGCAAAGCCUGAACAAAUGGCUGAGGUGAAAAAGUUAGCUUAGUUGGAAACGAUGAAGUGCAAACAUUUGGCCGUUGUGACGUGUGGUUAUGUUUACCAUCCAGCUGUGCUAAUAUAAUAGAACAUCGUUAAUUAUCUGCAGUAAAGUCGGGCCUGUGGGGAAAAAUAAGAUUUCUCUGAACUGAAAACUUGUUGCAUUAACUAAGCUGUACAUUACAGAAACAAGAAAAAAAGUUUGCUACAACUGCUUCAUCUCUGCAGACUGACUAGUUUUGCACAUCUUUUGCCUAUCAGUUUUCUACAUGUUGAAAUUAUUUUUUUUUUUUUGUUGAGGCAUGAUCAAAUUGCAGCAUCAGGCUUUGUGCAGUGAAACUUUGUAUUUCAGAUAUUGUAAGGGCUGAUUGUGUACGUCCGUUCUUCAGAAUGGUGCUGGCGUACAAACACGGAUAAGUGUGUUGGUAAAAAGUUAUAAAGCUAACCAAAGUACUAAGUCGCAUGUAGAAAGCUGUAUAGCAGAAGAUGUCCAAGUUCUGUCAGCCAAUGGGAUGCUUUCAACAGCUGGGUCUGAGAAUUGGCUUUAAAUGGUAUGGCUGCAUUUUGUCAUUAUGCAUCUUUCAAGGCUAACGGUACUUCUAAUGCUGGAUUAUGAUAUGCUUUUUUUUUUCUAGAAAAGGCAUCAACUAAAUGUAUGGACUAAAAUAAGUAAUCUAAAAAUACAUGAAAAUUUACAUUAUGCAUUGGGAAUCGUGCUAAAUCUCCGCAUGCAUGUAGAAAAGGCGUUGACCCCGGGCUCACAACGAAAACGGUGCAGAGCCGGUGCCGCAAGGAAGCCAAAUAAUUAAAAAUCAAUGUGUCCACUCACAUCAGUUGCAUGCGGUUGCGGGUCCGGUUACCGAGGUCGUGCAGCGCUGCAAAAAUAUUCCUUAAGAAGGAAGUUUGGCCGGACGCCGCAGCGGUCCCCUGAUCAAACUCCUGAAUUUCACCAGCCAAACAGGAAACGUCGGGCGCUAGACGGGAUAAAGUUCCGGUGAAUUUCAGAAUAAAAUCCCCUCACAAAUUUGGAAGAAAACGGAAACUGAGCGGCUUUGGAGGAUGAAAUGAGAUAUUUAAGCGCACGGAUAAAAAGUGAAAACCGUGGCUAUUUUUUUUAUUUAUUUUUUUUAUAAUUUAUCAGGUAUGGCAACAGAAAGGACCACAUGAACGUCUGUUCUCGCCCAGCGACAUUCCUGCAGCCGCAGCUAGCCGCCGUUUCCCUAGAAGUGUGAGUCGGGGUUAGCUGCAGACCGGAACUGGAUCAGGACCGCAACCCGCACCGCAUUCAGUGUGAGCCCCGGGUUAGACUGUCGGGCUCGAACUGGGUGAUCCACCGGGGCGGAGGUGUGGGACAGGGAGGAAACGGCUUGGUGUCGGAGGUUAACAAGUCGCACAGCUGCAUCAGCCUGCAUGAAAACCUCAAUCAUUCUACAGCUAAGCAAUCUCAUGAAAUCCGGGCCCAAAAUACUCUUAGAGAUGCAUCGAGAAGAAUUGUUCUGCCGACAUCGGAACCGUGGCUUUUAUGAAGCUUGGAGCUGAGACAGUUUUUUUUUUUUUUUUUUUUUUU